AUGAAUUCUCAAACUGAAAUUGGUGGUAGUAGCUCUGGUGAAAAAGAAGAAGAAAAAGAAGAAAAAGAAAAAGAAGAACCACCACUAUGGAAUUAUGUAACUAAGCUGGAGAAGCUAGGAGCAACAGGAGGAACAUGGAGAUUUAAGUGCAGUUUUUGUGAUGAGGUUCGACAAGGAUCAUAUUCUAGAGUCAAAGCGCAUUUACUUGCACUGAAAGGGCAGGGGAUUUCGAUCUGUAGAAGAUCAACAAUGACUGACAAGCUUGAAAUGCCGAAGUUGGAAAAUGAAUUUGAGCUGAAGAAAUCUUUGUCGGGACGUAGAGCAGUUCCAUUACCGUGUGAAUCUGUUUCUAAGAAGAGGAAAUCUUGUAUUUCACCAAUUGUUGCAUCAUUUGGUAUUCAAGCUAGAGAUCAGUUGGAUCAAGAAAUUGCAAGGAUGUUUUAUACAGGAGGUGUGCCAUUCAAUCUUGCAAGAAAUCCUAGCUAUCAUUGGUCUUAUCAGUUUGCUGCUGCCAGCAAACUUGAUGGGUAUGUGCCUCCAAGUUAUAAUAAACUCCGAACAACUUUGUUGCAGCAAGAGAAGAGCAAUGUUGAGAAGUUUGGUCCUAUGUUUCUCAAGGCUGAGAAUUGUUUCGGGGAGGUAAAAGAUAAAUUCUUCAUUGCUAAAUUGUUGGAAGAAGUUAUUCAUCAAGUGGGUGAUCAAAAUGUUGUACAAGUCAUCACUGAUAAUGCUUCAAAUUGUAAGGCUGCUGGAGACCUUAUUGAGGGGAGGUUUCCUCACAUCUAUUGGACAUCAUGUGUUGUUCAUACUCUCAAUCUCGCUCUGAAAAAUAUUUGUGCAGCAAGGAAUGUGGAAACAAAUCAAGAAACAUAUGAGAAGUGUAAUUGGAUUACUGACAUUCAUGGAGAUGCCCUUGCAAUAAAAAACUUCAUCAUGAACCACAACAUGAGACUAGCCAUUUUUGGUAAGUUCUCUCCGCUGAGACUACACGUUCGGGACCGGGACGGGGACGAUGAACCAUUGCUCACAGCUGCUAUAAAUAUCAUGUUUCAGUUAAACUCUUCAUCUCCCUUAUCACUUGACCCCCCCUGUCUCCACUUCGAUGAUGAUCUAUCUGUUACUCUGUCAAACGUUACAAUGAGUACGCCGUGA